UCAGGAUGGGGCAAGCUUAAACCAGCUAUCACCAGCUAACCAACUAAGGUUGUGUUUAGUUACUUCUUUUCUCUCAGGGCAGGAAGCAAAAUAAGCUGCCACAAUAUAAAUAGUCCAUCUAGUUUGCAUCAUGUCACAAGUCAUUGUAUCUGCAUUGCUGACUUGAGUUGACAAAGGCCUUGCCUUCAGGCCUAUAACUUCAAACAACAAUCCUUAGGUCACAAUUUGACCUAUAAAGGUGUCAAAUGCAGGUGUAAUGGAUGAUGAAGACGACCGCCGUCUUCUGGAUUUUAUAGGAGAUGUGCAAGCAUUGAAUGAGUAUCUUCAUGGAUCAAAUAGUAAAUCUAUUGGAGAAGAUGACGUGACAAAUGCAGCUUUUGGGUCUGCCAGCUCGUUCUUCACCAGUGACACUGGUGGCUCUAACGAAGGGCUCAAAGAUGGCCACAAUCAUUUGGGAGAAUUCGGGGAGGCUGGUGAAGCUGAGUUUCAGCUCUCUAGCAGCCUUCCGUUCAUCGAGGAUGAUCUUGAAGAUGAAAAUUCACCAGGUGGUGUUGAUCUUGGGGGUGAGGACCAACCCUUUGACAUCCUCCAGAAGUCAUUGCUGGAAGCAGAUAUCACAGAGCAGACAUUGGCUCAAGAAGCCCUUUUGGACUCCCAACCAUCUCUCAUUCCCACAGCUACCACCUUCCCUCAGCAGCUGGUCUCUGGAGGGUUUGGAGGUCCUGGCAUGGUGGCACAACCUCAGGCUUUUAUUCAGCAGGUUCCCCAGCUACCCUUGCCAAAUGGCCCCACAGGACGUGUCCAGGUAUUGGGACCCUUUAAUGGCAGUGCCUCCUCUAUGAUGACUAUUAACAGUUUGGAACAACCUCAGUUCCUUUUGAAGCCAAGUGGAAAUGUAGUGACCAACAGCAGUGGGCAGGGUACCAUGUUUGCCCCUUCCACGGCUGGUCAGGUGUCAAUGUCCUCCAAUAAAGGGACGGUUCCAGUUCAGAAUAUUAUCAUUCAGAGAGGCACUGCACAACAGACAUUGGUUAGACCCAUUCAGCCUAAACCCUUACAGACAGGUGGACAAAAUGUUUACAAUAUCAGCAACAUUGGGCUUCAAUCCAGUGGCACUACUACAGCUAAUUUAGUCAAUAGCCCCUACACAGCCAGUGGCUCUCCUCAACAGGUGAAAGUGGUUAACCAAGCCAGCAGCAUUGUAAUGCAUUCACCUCUGGGGCAACAAGCGCAGCCCCAACCACAGUCCAGUCUGCCUCAGGGGCAGUUCUUUAUACCCAGCUCUAUUUCCCUCACUCCUGGAACCACAGUUCAUGGCUUCCAGGCUGUGAAUGGACAGGUUAUUCAAACAAACACUCAAGUGGGCGACCCGUCCUCAAUGAGCACUACCACCUACUCGAUCUUGACCAAUCAGAACACAACAGUACAGCUUAUCCCUGGGCAGAACUUUUCAACUGGAGGGCAGUUGAUAAUGAAUCAAGGUUUGGUCAGUGGAGGUCAGAUAGGCCAAGCUUCACCAAAACCUGUUGGGCAGGUGUCACAGAGACCUGGAGCCACGGCCAAGGUCUGGGCUGCCAAUGCAUCGCCUAGCUCGACCCCUGUACAUAUGUCACAGACUUCGGGCCACUUUACCAUGGUCAGUUCUGGUAUCCAAGGCCCACAGGUUUGUCAGCAAUUAUCGGUCAGCCCAGGACAGCACCUCCUCAUGCCUCAGAACACUCCAGCUUCUUCUGGAGUUCAGGAGUUUCAGCAGGACACCAUGGCAGCAACACAAAGAGGGCAGACACAAUUAGUUAAUCUCCUUGGUACCAAAGCUGUGAAAAUGCUAACUCCUGCCAAUCAGGAAUCGGCACUCACACCGAAGCGACCUGCAACUCAGCAGCUUACUAAAGGAGGAAUGGUCCUCCAGCAGCUUAGAAGAGAUCAUAGUGGAGUCAUGUCACCAGAGUGGACACCCUUCACCUCGUUAGAUGAUGUCAUUGACAGAUUGCUACCCUAUCAUGUUUUCCAAGGCUCAUUAUCACAAGAAUUCACCAAAGUUGAUGAAGAGUUUGAGGCAGUUGCCACACAAGUGUUAAAAAGAACACAGGCCAUGGUGAACAAGUACAGACGCUUAUUAAUCGUGGAAGCAGAGAGGUCCAGCCCUUCAUCAGAAAUGGUGAUGAUUGACAGGACAUUUAACCAAGAGGAGCGGAACAACUUGACCCAAGACAAACGAACGAUAUUAGUGGAUCCAGAUGGCUUUCUGGAAGAAUUCUGCUGCGGGCCUAAGAAGAUGAUCCCAAGCCCUGAAGUCACGGUCGCGGCCAGCCAUGAGGGCAUUGCCAGCAUAAUGGGGACACCUCCAAGGCAUUCCAUGAGUCAAAUUGGUAGAGAUGGGCAGGGAAUGAACAGCCACACAGAAUCUGCUUACAGGACAGACUCCCAUUUAGAAAGCGGAAUGGAGGAACACAGAAGAACUCCUCUCAAGUGCAUCCUGGACAUGAAAAAAAUUCAACAAUUCAGCAUUCAACAUGCCAAGCACCCUACAUCUCCCAGCCAAUCACAGCAUAGCUCUGCCCAGAGCUACCCAUCCAGCCUGGAGCUGAGUCAGGAACAGCAACUUUCCGAUCAUAGUCGCACCUCAUUGGCUGACACAGACUCUGUGCUUGAGGCUGCCGUGAAUAGCAUCUUAGAAUGUUAGACAGUGCCAUAUUUAUUUUUGCUAUUCCCAUUUCAUUUCAUGCCAUGUCUGUGCAGUUGGGAUUCCAUGACAUACAUUGGCAUUAUAGCUGUUCAAAAGUGCACACAUCGGCUACGAAAGUGUUGAGGAAGAGGAUGGUGAGACUAAAGAUGGUGAUACUCUAAUAUUGUGCCUGUUGUUCUAGAGAAGUUUACACGAGAAAGCCUUUUACGACAAUUCUUCAUAGGAUAUUCUUGCACAAACACACAUCAAUAUAUGCAUAGAUACACAAUCAAGCAGUAAGUUAAUGGUGUGAUGGUUUGGAAUGUCACAAGUAGACAUUGUUAUUUGUAGCGUAUCUGUUAAUAUAAAACAGACCUACAGUUAGAUUGAUAGUCUCCGCAGUAAAGGUUGUACGGUUGUCUCUCCACUUGUGAUGCAUUAUUGCAGUAGAUGCAAACACACCACACAUUUAUUUUUGAGCAAUGGUUAUGCUCAUGUUUUUAAACUUUUGUUUUGCAUUUAAUUUUGUACCUUACAGGUAUGUGACCUCUCCACAAAGAUAAAACUUGGUUUUGUGUAGGUGGAAAGUUAAGUCCUCAGAUUGAGGGUACAUUGUUACAUUAUGUUUAUCUUUUUGUUUGUUUAAUUCAUUUUUUAAAUGAUGUUUUAUAUAUAUAUAUAUAUAUGUGUGUGUGUGUUACACAUUCAAUCUGCGCUGCUGGAGAAAAUAUGUGCUUUCGUGCACAAGUUAGUGUCACGGAUAACUUGUGUGGGUGAAUCUCAUAAAAACCUUUUCAGAAUACAUUUCAAACCAAAAUAAAAAAUGAUAUUUUAUGUUAUAUUAAAUUACUUUUUAAGUUUUUUUUCUUUCUGGAAUACCCAUUCUUCUAAAUAUUGAUUCUCAUCAGAAUAUUGUUACUAUAUCGCAGUAAUUUAUUUACCUUGAAUUAAAUGGUAGUACAACAAAUACUACCACCAUGUAUAAAUACUUUACAAUUAAAAAAAUAUAUAUAUAUUUUAAGCAUUACAGAAUGAGAAUUGGUGGAGGUGUGCUUGGUUGUAAUACAAAUUUCACACUGCAAAAAGGGCAAAAAAACAAACAAAAAGCAAACAGCUAAUAAAAUCCUAAAAAUAGGCUUAUAAUUCAAUAAUAAUGAAUUUUGAUUUUGUGGUGAAAUAUGAGAUUCCCCCAUAUUUAGAUGUUCUUUGAAACCAUUCAUGUUCCCUUGUGCAUUGUGUCCCCUGCUGGUCAGGCUGUAGUCUUUUGCUGGCAGAUGGUUUGCCAUUUUUGACCCUAGUGGCAGCUUUUUUGUUUUUGGACAUGUGGACAUGACCAUGUACUUUCAAAAAUAGCCAUUCUCACAGCACUUACAACCCUUCUGCCGAUCACACACAUCCACUCAUAUGCGCACAUUUUUAUGUAAGAUUAAAUUGGUGAACACAGAAUAUCAGAUUUUUCAAUUAGUUGUAUUAUGAGAUGGCUCUAAUUGUAGUUAUGACAUGCUACAUGGAGUUUGGUUUGAGGAUGUCUGGGCUUUUCUUCUCUGUGCAAAUAUAAUCACACACAAUUGCUCAUAUUUCAACAAAUUCCCCUUUGAUAGAUCAUUUCUAAAGCAGAGACUGUUAGCAUUCAGUCUUAUUUUGUAGUCUACAUAUUUUCCACAUUACAGGGCUUGUCAGCAAUGGGAGUGUCCAAGACAGAGAAACUGCUGUUUGUGGACGUUUUUCACAAGAAAGCAUUUGCAUUAGCACCCAUUCCAGAGCCGAAGGUUACUUGCUUCCAAUUCCAUCUGUAAAUGUCAUCCCAUUGUUUUUGCAUCUUUCACAAUAACCACCACUGUCUUUCCCAGCAAUUCAGCCAAAAAUGACAAAAGACAAAAACUAAGUAAAAUAUUCUCUAUGAUCUGAGCUCUAGUGGUCGGUAUAAGGGAGCACUCUAAAGACCUUCACUUUGAAGGGCUUCUUUGCCUUAGGACAGAGCGAGUGAAAACACAUUUAAAUAGUCUAUCAUUUGUUUUUACUGCUUUUUGAUGUGCGAGUGUGGCCUUCGAUUAACGUUACACCAUGGUAAAAGUUGCUUUUAAUGUUUUAUUUUCUGCAUCACCCAAAACUUGAUUUGUAAUGUUUGUAUUACAAAAAUUAAAACAUGAAACACAAAAUAUUUAUACUUUUUUGUACAGAAAAAGAAUGUAAAACAAAAAAAGUUAUUUUUAUUAUGUUAGGUAUGUGUUCAUGUCAUACUAUAUGUGGUCAGUUCUUCAUUUGUUGUUUUUGUAAGUGUUCGCUACAACAGCAAAGUUAAAUCAAUAUUAAAUUCAUUUUGGAUACAGCCAAUUUUGUAACACCAAUUUAUUUUUAUUUUUUUAUUAAUUAUGGAUAAAUACACUGGUGAACAAAAGUUUGGAAUAAUAUACAUAUUAUGCUGUUUCAGAAGGAAAUUGGUACUUGAAUUCACCAAAGUGGCAUUCAACUGAUCACAAAGUAUAGUCAUGACAUCACUUUUUUGAAAAAAGUAAUUUUUGAUCAAAUCUAGACAGGCACCAUUUCCAUUAGCCAUCACUCCAACACCUUAUCCUCGAGUAAUCAUGUUAAAUUGCUCAUUUGGUACUAGAAAAUCACUUGCCAUUAUAUCAAAGACAGUUGAAAGCUAUUUGAUUCAUUAAAUUAUGUUUGAGAAAUAGAUGCUUCACAUGUCCUCAGCUGACAGCUUCAUUGAAUUCUACACUCUUAACAACAGUUUCAUGUACAACAGUAAAGAGAAGACUCAGGGGUGGAGGCCUUAUGGGAAGAAUUGCAAAGAAAAAGUCAGUUUCGAGAUAAUUAGAAAAGAGUGUUAUGGAUCUUAAACCCACUGUGCUUUUGUGGAUCAGCUAGACUUGUAGGCAAGUGCUACAGGAAGCGUGGGGUGAAAUGUCACCUGAGUAUUUGGACAAACUGACAGCUACAAUGCCAAGAUAAUCAAAGCUGACAUUGCUGCAUGUGGAGGAUUUUUUUUAUGAGAACUCUUUGUACAAUAAAGUAGUUUUAAGAAG